AUGCGACCAUCUGGAAGUAAUGGCGGCGGCGGUGACGAGGAUGUACUGCCGUAUGAAAGGAAUGCCGGGCUGAUCAUGGCCACCAACAAUGCAACCACAGCCUUCAAAGCCAGCACCGAGCGCCUGUAUUUAUCCAAGCCGCAUUUCCACAAGUACUUCGCAAAGAAAGUCAAACGGGCUUCCGCAGCCGUCCAUCGUGGCUCCUGGCUUCGGAUGCGCGCAAUCAAAUGGGUGAUUCAGCAAUUCCUCGAGAGACCCUCGGACCAGAACAAGGUCGUCAUUAAUUUCGGCGCUGGAUAUGACUCUUUACCCUUCCGAUGGUUGUCCCAGGAGGCCGGGCUUUGUGCCGGGGCCAAAUUCAUCGACGUCGACUAUGACCUGGUGAUGGAGACCAAAAGAGACAUUAUCAUAAGCACACCGGAGUUGAGAGACUUGCUGCAUUUCUCUGGCCCAUCCUGUACCGGCAGCGACCCUUGCGUGCUGGUCGACAGUGAAGAAUAUGCCGCAAUCGGAUGCGACAUGCGCAAUCUUCAGAGGCUGGAAAGACUGCUCAAGUCAGUGAUCAAUUUGGAUGAGUGUUCCGUCCUUUGUAUUGCCGAAGAUUCCACCUCAUUCAUGCCUGUAAGUGCUGCCGACACACUGAUAUCGUGGUGCGCCAGACUAUCAAAGGAUGUCACCUUCUGCCUCCUGGAGCCUUGUAGCCCGGAUCAGCCAGACAAUCCGUUUACCAGGAAAAUGACCGAUCACUAUACUGGCCUGGGCACCCCCCUGAAAUCCAUCUUUCAAUACCCAGAUGACCGCUCUCAGAUACAGCGCUUCAGCAACGCGAGCUUCACCCAGAUCGAUUACCAGUCGCUAUGGGAGCUCUGGGCCGACCCGCGUUUUCUUUCUCCGUCGCAACGCAUGGAGCUGGACCAUGUUGAGCCUUUCGACGAUUGGGAAGAAUUUGCUCUCUGGGCGAGCCACUAUUGCCUGGUGAUUGCACAAAACGGUGGUCAUCCCGUCCUUCCAGGAAAGCUCAUCAAGUCUCGUGCCAACUCGGUCUCCAGCGAAGCGUCUGAUAUCUCGGCGAGAACAUCGUCGCCUUGCAACCCCGACUCUGAACACUUUGCUUACCGCUAUUAUAACGAUCCAGGCGAGCUCUGCCAGCGCCACCACGGAUCAGCGUACCCAAUACCCGAUCAAGACGCUGUUGCCAUCUUUGGGGGUGCUGGGUCAAAGUCAUGCCUUUCGACAAGCGCCGUCUGCCGGCCACGCCAUCUUAACGACGAGACUCCUAUAGUUUUGCCCCCCGAAGUCGGUGCUCGAUGCUGUCAUGUCAUAACUGCCCUGAAUAAUGGAGACAACAUUCUGGUUGGUGGACGGCUCUCACCAACUCAACCUCUAAAAGACUGUUGGUUACAGAAAGGGAACAUCUGGUAUCGUAUCCACGAUCUGCCUGAAGGCCGGUAUCGACACCGACUAGCACCUGUGACCUUGCCCGACAACGUUUUUGGCGCCAUCUGUUUUGGAGGCAAGGUCAACCCGACCAAAGUGGCCACGGACGUGCUGUUGUGGGAGCCAAACAAGGGCUGGCGCGAGCUGCGCUUGUUCGGAAAGGAGCCCAAACCCAGGUUUGGACCGAAUUUCAUCUGUCUAGGUUUCAACCAUGGCCUUCUUUUCGGAGGCAUGAGGCAAGACGGGGUCAUUUGCCAGGGCAUCUGGCGCUGGCGACUCGUGAUCCGCGAUAAUGCCGUGCAAGCACUGAGGUUUCGCCCGUCGCACGGAUUGGAUACCAGCAUUGGAUCAUACCAACACUUUGCGAGAUUUGGUGCAUCUUACGGCUUUGUACAAGACUACCUACUCAUCAUUGGCGGUAUUGGUCGAUUGGGAUGCAUACCGAAAACGUAUGAGAUCUUGUCUCUGGAUGGGUCGUUUUCGACAUGGCACGAUGAGAGCAAAGAACCGAGCUUCCGGGUGUCGGCCGUGGAGGCAAUGUGCUCGCAGGACUGCCCACGACCCUUCCUUGUUGGCCAUUCCACCCUUCGAACGCGGACAGGAAUGUAUGUUAUCCUGGGUGGAGGCGCUGACUGUUUCAACUACGGCGAGUAUUUCAACAAAGGGAUUUGGGUUCUCUACGAGAAAGAAGCCGGACUUGCCGCUGAUUGGGUCAUUGUUCCCAGCAAGGCUUCCAGAUAUCCUCCAGCGAACUCCGACUCGAGCUUCACAGCGGUGGACAGGCGGCCCGAAGGUGUUCUCAUUGCUCCGGCCGUGCUGACUGGCCCUGAAGACUUCCAUGCUGCAGUGCGUGUGUCUCGACCUCUGCACAUGAGCGGACUAGAACUCGGUUCGUGUAGGUUGCAGUCAGUCGGCUUCCUCAAAGCAGCACUCCUCCAGAACAGCAUGAGCGAGGAAAUGAGCUCUGCACUGAAACACUCGACACAUGCACAUAUGUCACUCGUCCAGAUCUUGGACGCGCUCGGCAUGACAUCAACUACCUUUGACAUUCGCUGUCCCGGUGCGAAACUGGAAGACAACAAUCAUGUUUGUCCAACAAAAGCCCAGUCAGAUAUUGACGAGGAGUUGCAGAUUCCCACGCAGCUAAGCAGCAUCAGCUCUCUUCUGCACUCGGUCCGAUUGGUGAUAUCAAAGAAGAUCUCCACCAAGCUCCAGUACAAUGCGACGGGAAAUAUCGUGUUUCAGGUCCACGGCGCCCGAAAACUGCUCCUUUUCCCGCCCGGCGACCAAAGCAAACUCGAAUUCCCACCUGGAGCAAACACGAGCAAUCUGGACAUCUUCUGUGAUAAGACGCCGUUCCAAGAACACAUCUUCUAUGCACCGUCAGGCACAAGUCCCCACAUCGCCAUACUGAAGCCGGGGGAUGCCUUGUUCAUUCCACCUUUCUGGUCUGUGGCUAGUGUGAUAUUUGUCGACAGUAGCAAUGACAAAGACCGUCUGUGCAAUGGCCCCUCAUCGCCGAGCACCCCGAGCGAGAAGUCAUCCCACCUCAGUAGCAACGGCUCCAUCUCGGGAAGUGAGUGUGUGUCGGAUUGCAAAGAGACGCGACGUAUCCAGGAUGACUGGGUCGACGUCACAGUCAAUCUCUCGUUCCGCAACUUACCACCUCAUCUGUUUUGUACCAGCUCUUCUCACGACUCCCACAAUGAUUUGGUAGCCUAUGAAGAGGGACGACGACAUCUUGAAAGUGUUGUGAAAAGGUUCACGUCCAAUGUUUGCCAUUCCACUCCACGACAGAACGGGCAAACUGCUCCCACAAAGUCUGUCGUCGGCUCCGACCUCAUGCUCACAAACAUCCCCAAGGACGUGGCGAAAGCUUAUCUGCAAAGGCUAGGCAAAGAGCUGCUAAUGAUGGCCGAGGAGUUGUGA